AUGACAGUCCCUGCUGACGAGAAAAAUAUGGGAACUGACACGCAGAUUGAACGGUCGUAUAACGGCGACGUGAUACAGCCCGUCCUCGAGAGGCACGUCGCCAUCCACAAUGAGACCUUCGACAUCGCCGAGAAUGCACUGGGGACCAACCUCCCCAAACACUACUACCGUUCCAUCGGUUUCAUCGGCACCGUCAUUGGCCUCUGCCUAGGCAAUAUUUCAAACUAUGCUGGAUGGGUCAUGCCCUCGAACUCUCUGCUAAUCAUUAACAACGAUAUCGGUCCCUCGGGUAACAUCACCUGGGUUGCUCUAGCCUACACCCUUGGUCUCACAGUGGGUUUCCUCAUAGUAGGCCGGUUUAGCGACAUCUUUGGACGACGUUGGUUCUUUGUGGGAGGGAAUGGUCUGGGCUUGAUUGGGGCCAUUAUCGGAGCGACAGCAAAGAAUGUCGACAGCUUGAUCGGAGCGAACACCCUCAAUGGAAUUGCCGGUGCCGUGCAAAUCACCUUUGCCGCAGCUAUAUCGGAGCUUGUUCCAAACAAGCACCGCCCCCUAUGGGUUGCUGGCAUCUUUUUCUCGUCCUUUCAGUUCGCCUGCUUUGGGCCUGUCAUCGCGCAAGCCUUCGUCACGGGAACAGCGGCAUCCUGGCGAUGGAGUUAUUAUAUCAAUAUUAUCGUCGCUGGUCUCGCCGUUAUCACGUUGUUUCUUUUCUACCAUCCACCUACCUUCGACCAUCUGCAUGUCAACAGAUCCAAAACCCAGCAAGUCAAACGCCAGGAUGUCGUGGGCUUCGUGCUGUUCACGGGAGGGCUGAUCCUGUUCAUUAUGGGUUUAAAUUGGGGUGGGGCGAUGUAUCCGUGGAAAUCCGGACACGUUAUUGGUACCAUCGUCGUUGGGUUCAUCGCACUCGUUGUCUUUGUUCUUUAUGAUGCGUAUGUGCACCGCGGUGAUCCUCUGCUACCAAUCCAUCUCUUCAAAUCAAAGGGAUAUCUGGCGAUGGUCGUCACUGCCACGGUCGGUAGCUGUGUCUACUACUCGAUGAACGUUCUCUGGCCCCAGCAGAUCGCUUAUCUCUUCGGCGGGUCCAACAUCCACAAAGGCUGGCUUGCCUGUGUUGUCGGAGCUGGAGCCCUGGUGGGUCAGGUCAUUGGCGGUGUGCUCUGCCAAUAUGUCAUGAAGAGUCGGUACAUCCUCAUCAGCAGCGCGUUUUCGCUACUCGCGUUUUGCGCUGCCAUGGUGUCGAUUAACCCUGGCCAAGAGGCAAAGGGCGUGGGAUUGAUGUUUAUGGCCACUGUAUCAGUUGGUGUGCUGGAAUCCUGCAGCCUUGCUCUCGCGCCCCUGGCGCUGCCAACAGAAGACAUCGGUGCUGCCCUCGGUGCGUUGGGCUCAAUUCGGUCUGGUGGUGCAUCUGUUGGGCUGGCAAUCUACGUGGCCAUCCUAAACAACAAGCUGGUUGCUUUGGUACCGCCAAGGGUUUCUGAGGCAGCGACAGCAGCGGGAUUGCCGAUAAGCAGUCUUACUGCAUUGUUGACGGGGCUGACGACGGGCGUGGGACUGGAGGAUGUACCCGGGAUCAAUCCUGAGAUUUUGGCGGCGGCAGUGGCAGCGCAGAGUAGUGCGGCAGCCGAUGCUUUUAGAUAUGUAUGGUAUGCCGUCAUCGCCUUCGCCGUUCUGGCCGUGGGAUGCUCAUUCCUGACGAUCAAUUACGGGCACCUGCUGACUGAUGAUGUAAGUCGAAAGAUGCACGGGAAGACGGUGGGAGUUGACGGGGGGGUUGAGAAGGGCCGUGUGGAGGAGGAGCACAAGAAGGAUACGGUGUGA